AUGAUCCGCGUGGUCAUGCCCAUCAUUCCGACGCCCGAGGCGCUCUGUCCACCGCGCGCUCCCGUUGUCUACGAAGAGAUCCUCCGCCGCGCGAAUGUGACAGACGUGAAUUACCUGACCUCGUUGAGGUCCAAGGCAGAUGACAUUCUCCCGCUGCUGUUCGACAUUGCUCGGGACCAAGGCCGGGAAAUCUCGCCCGGCAUGACUUUCAAACCGCAGCAGUUCGAACAACUCAAGAGACUCCACGACGCGUAUCUUCGGGGCGAGCUGCAGGCGCAACUGGAGCGGGAGAAGCAGGCGCACGGCGACCCUGCAGAGGCGCAUGCGGCGGCCGCCGAACUGGAGCCUGUAGGCUCUCCCGAGAGCUUGGAAGACGCACGCCUUGCACGCAUUGUCGCCAAGCAUUCGGGGAAGCAAACGGCGCGGCGAGCGUUGCCGGCUCUGCGCUCAUCUGUGCCGCCUGCCUUCCACCUCAUUGAUGAUCUGUACGGCCCCAUCUAUGACAAAAAGGUUCUCCUGAAACAGGUCCAUUUCUUCUUGGAGCAAGGGAACUACGAGGCGGUGCGGAAGGUGCUUCGAGAAAACCGCAAUGUGCUGUGCAUGGAAGAUGCGAAGAAACUGCUGGAGUUCGCGGCUUCCGUCAUCGAGGCGCAGGAAAAGGCGGCGCUGGCGCGCCGCAUUGAAGGUGCCUGGGACGCUUACCGCCGCGCGCUCCCUGCCUCUUUCACUCACCACGACGCUGAGAAUCUCCAGGCCCAGCUCGCUCGCCUUUCCUCGUUAGCGGCUUCUGGAGCGUCGCGCGAAGUUGAAGGCGCGGACACAGGCUUGCCCACCACUUCACGGCGCGAGAAGCGAGAGCGACAAGCCGACAAGAGGAAGCGGCGCGAAGCAGAGGCAGCGGUGCGAACGCAGGCGCAUCUCCUCAAGCGCCUGUAUGAGAAAACCACGGCGGAGAUUCGCGACCUUCAGCAGGAAGCAGGGCUCCGCGUUCGGGCGCUCUACCACUCGAUCCACAAAGCCCUUUGGGAGCAUGGCGCCCUCAAACCUUACGAAAAGCGGCCUGGAAAGAACAAGCAAAGAGCGACGCUCGACGUUGGCGAUGUUUCGCCGUACCUGAAGCCUCCGCCAGAGGCGACGCGCCUGGAGCGGCUCGAGGCGACUGAGGCUUUCGCUCGAGCUGUGGAAAACGAGGACUGGAUGACCGCCUGCAAGAUCCUUCGCACCAAGACACGUCUCCUCAUGUUCAAGAGCCGCCAUAAGCUGUUGGCCAGAUUUCUAGAGCUCUACCAGGUGGUGCAUGCAAAGGCUAAGAAAACUCAGCCAGUUGCAGAGACCACGGACGCAGCAAGAGAAGCUGGCGAUGGUGAUCUUGGAUCGGAAGCGAGGCACGAGCCGAACGCAGGGUCGGGUGACAGGACUCAUCCCGAGACCCAGGGGAAACCGGCAGCAGAAGGGGAAGCUGGGGCGAAACGAAAACGCCUGACGAGGCGGGAGAAGAAUGCACUCAAGCGACCCUUCACAAAGCCGCCCGUUGGCGGGCCGUACUCGGAAAAGGAUCUCAAUUUUUUCCGAAAAGUGUGGUGGACUACUCUGCGAAAACCUACCGUGGUCAUGAAGCUCCUGGAGCCUGUUGCCGAAUGGGGUGACGCGGAAGCAAAGAAUCUGUACAGAGUUCAGCUCGCCGAGUACCGAGAAAGGAAGAGGCAGAGAAACCUUCAGUUCUGGCGAGAUCGCGGCAUCGACCUGACCAAGUACACCAUGGACUUCGGCGACGCGAAAGGCCUUGACUGGCUUCGACAGAAACAGGCAGAGGGAGCUCUCGACGCGCCGCCGCCCACGCUGUGCAAAACCAAGAAACAACUCGAAGAGGAGGAGCAGCAAGAACGGCUGGCGCAGGACCGGGAGAGAAGGGCGGAAGAAGCCGAUGGAGGGGGAGAUGAAACCGAGCAACCCAAAAAAGAGGAAGAAAUGAGGGAAAGAGAUGCCACGCAGGCGGUACUGCCCGGGACGGAGGCGAAACAGAACGCGGAGGCGCAGUGCCGGGCGUAG